CUAUGCAAACCAUACCACAUUGUCUCUAGUUCUCUAACAAAAUUUGAGCAUGACAGACUAUCAAGUUUAUCUAGUUUACUCACUGCUUCUGAUCAUUUCCUCCAUUACACUACGAGGCAUUUUUAAAACUCGAAACACCUCUAGCCUUCCACCUAGCCCUCCGAGAAUUCCAAUCAUUGGUCAUCUGCACCUUCUUGCCCCUAUACCACAUCAGGCUCUUCACAAGCUCUCGACGCGUUAUGGACCUUUAAUCCAUCUCUUCCUUGGCUCCAAGCCUUGCAUUGUGGCCUCGUCGCCUGAAAUGGCGACAGAAAUUCUUAAAACACACGAGGCAUCUUGGUUAGACCGGCCUAAAACUGAGGCGGUAGAUUAUUUAACAUAUGGUUCACAAGACUUUGCGUUUGCCACGUAUGGACCAUACUGGAAGUUUGUUAAGAAACUUUGCAUGUCUGAGCUUCUUAGUGGCCGAACUCUUGAUCUUCUACAACCAAUUAGACGCCAUGAGAUUGAGAGUAUGGUGAAUGCAAUGAUGAAAAAGGCCAGAGCUGGAGAGGCUGCUGAUGUUAGAGUUGAGCUUAUUAGGCUCGCCAACAAUACAUUUUCAAGUCUGUUUAUGGGCAAGAGGUGGUCAGAGAAUGAGGACGAAGCUGAAGAAGUACACAAGUUAAUCCAAGAGAUCACUGAGCUUGCAGGGAAGUUCAAUUUCUCUGAUUAUAUUUGGUUCUGCAAGAAUUUGGAUUUACAGGGUAUCAGGAAGAGAGUGGUGGAUGUACGCGGAAGGUUUGACAAUAUGAUGGAGAGGAUUAUAGAGGAUCGCGUAGACCUGAGGAGGACGAGGAAACAAAAUGGCAUUGGAGGACAUUUGGAGAAAAACUUGCUUGAUAUAUUACUUGAUAUAUCAGAAGAUGAGAGCCGUGAGAUUAAAUUGAGCAGAGAGAACAUCAAGGCUUUCACACUGGAUUUGUUUUUUGCUGGAUCAGAAACUUCUGCCACCGCAACAGAAUGGGCGCUAGCAGAGCUAAUCAACCAUCCGGACAUCAUGAAAGAAGCUAGACAAGAAAUAGAUACUGUUGUAGGAAAGAACAGAUUAGUUGAAGAAUCCGAUAUCAUAAAUCUCCCUUACCUUCAAUCUAUUGUAAAAGAAACACUGAGACUUCACCCUCCCGGUCCACUAAUAGAAAGAGAAGCAAGUGAAGACUGUACCAUUGCAAACUACCAGAUACCCGCCAAGACAAGACUAUUUGUUAAUGUUUGGGCUCUUGGCCGAGACUCAGACUACUGGGAAAAUGCACCUGAAUUCAUCCCCGAAAGGUUCUUCCUGAGUAGUGAAGAUAAAAGGAAUGGAAAAAGUCAGUUGGAUGUUAGAGGGCAGCAUUUUCAAGUGUUACCAUUUGGAAGCGGACGAAGAGGGUGUCCAGGGAUUUCACUAGCAUUGCGGUCUGUCCAAACAACUCUUGCUGUACUGAUACAAUGUUUUGAAUGGGAAGUAAGAGGUGAAGGGCAGAAUGGUGGGAGUACUGUGAACAUGGAAGAAGGUACUGGUUUGACAAUCUCCAGGGCUCGGCCUUUGGUUUGUGUUCCGGUUGCUAGGCUUGAUCCGUUUCCAUCUAUGUAGGCUAGACAACCAUGCAACAACUAUAAAUAUACGACCAUAUAGGCCGAGUCACCAAAGCAUUGGAAACUUCUUUGUGAUAUAUUGUAUUUUCAGAAUA